AUGUUUGACCCUUUGACACCGCCCGCCGACGAGAGCUGUCCCUUUUGCGAAAUCAGCUCCAGCUUCUCCCCCUACGACCCUUCAUCGCCGCCCUCGGCCGCCGUCGUCCCCGCCACCGACCGCGCCGCGCCCGCGCCCGCCACCUUCAUGGUGCUGUCCACGCCGACAAUCGUCGCCUUUCUCGACAUUAUGCCGCUCAGCGCCGGCCAUCUCCUCGUGUGCCCGCGCGCCCACCGGCCGAAGCUCACCGACGCGACGCCCGACGAGGCGCGCGCGCUGGGCGCACUGGUGCGCGUGCUGUCGGCGGCGGUGGCGCGCGCCACGGGCGUCGAGGACUGGAACGUGGUGCAGAACAAUGGCGCGGCCGCGGCGCAGGUUGUGCCGCACUUGCAUUACCACAUUAUUCCGCGGCCAGAGAUUCGCGCGUCGGGCAGGCUGUCGUCGAGCUUCACCAUGUUUGGGAGGGGCCAGCGCGAGGAGCUGGACGACGAUGAGGGGGAGAGGCUGGCGGCGGAGAUACGGAGAUGUGUGGCCGAGGUCCUGAAGGAGGACUUGGAUAAGAGCAACGGCAAGGCUAAGCUGUGA